GCUUGAUGGACCAAUCGGCAGGCGGAGGAGAGGGCGACCGGUCCGCCGACUCUGACACACCGGGCACGGAGCUCCGGCCGCUCUGCACCGUGAGGACUCCACCCAACUCACUUGUCUAACUUCACCUAACAGCCAGUGCCGGACAAGAUGUCUGAGUGUGAGUUGGUGAAGAAGAUGCUGAGGGCCAUCCUGCUGGCCAACAAGGCUGGGGUGUCUUUGUCUCAGCUACAGCUGGAGUACAAGGAGCUUACCGGGGAGCAGAUUCCACAUAAACAAAUGGGAUACAAUCAUCUAGAGGGUCUGCUGGCCAACCUACCCUCCGUAGUCCACCUAGAGCACAAGAGGUCUGGAGAGGUGACUUACUUCCCCUCUCAUGAGAACCCUAAUCUUGCCAAGGUGGUCGCUCGCCAGCGCAACUCCAAGAAAAUGGGGCGACCUCACCUGGUCAACACACAAAUGAGGGUCAAACCAUCAGCCCCACUUGUGCUCAAUGCUAAGCCGCAGACAUCUCUGAGACAGCCAAGUCAUCGCGGGCGUGGAGGAGGACGAGGCGGGGGUUGUGGGGGUCGAGGUGCAGGAGAUUUCAGACCAUCCAGAGACGCAAGAGAUGGACAGACUGGGACUCAGUCCAACAAGGCUCCGAACACCGGCAGGAAGUCAGUGACUCCUGCAGACAGGCCAGACAAGAGGAUGACACUACCAGCGCGCUUUCAGAAGGAAGUCCACGCCCACCUCUCCAGAAACCUCCAUCACACCAGCUCUCCUCUGAUCAAGAAUGAGGGUGUCGGUCCGGGAAGCGCAAAACCCUAUGACCCCCAGCAGGUCCAGACCUGCAUCCAGGAGAUUCUGUCCAAGUACAGCACCGGGUUCUGGGUGUCCAAACUGCCCCAGAUCUACAAGGAGCUGUACCAACAGGACCUCCCACCUGAGGCGCUGAAGGACCUGGAGACUUGGACGCACAUAUGUACUGUGGAGAAGACCUGCAGCAGUAACCAAUCAGAGCUCCUUCUGUACCCGGCUGGCAGUCAGACCACACCCCCUUCUGAUAACCUCACCUCUAAUACUGCGCCUGCUAAAACUUCAAACCCAACCAAAACCCAGCAGGGUGCUCCCUCCAGCAAAGUGACCCGUCCUGCCUCCCACCCAUCCAAGUCUCCUCCACCCGCCAGCUCUCUGACCCCAGACCUGCAGCAGAAACUGGAAGAGCUGCUAGUGAAGUACUCCAAUGGCCUUUGGGCUCAUGCUCUACCAAAACUCUUCCAGGACACCUACAAAACUAAACUGCCCGCUCACGUCCUGGAUAACCUGGAGCUGCUCUCUGACUUUUGCACCAUUGACUACCCCAUGCCUGACAACCCCAAGAGAGCCAUUCUGUACAGGAGGAGCAGUGAAGGAGGAGGCAAAGAGGAUGUCAGAAGGGACUCCACGACAGGUGAGGAGGUCAAGCAGAAGGUGGAGGAGAUGCAGCAGGUUCCGGCUCUGCAGAUUCCCAAGGAAGAGUACCCGUCUGUGCUGGUGGUGGAGGCCACCAACACGAACGCAGUGGUCCUCAGGUACAUCGGUGAAUGCUACUCUCUGGCUCAGGAGUCCAUGGAGGACAACAUGAGGAAGUUCUACAGCCUGGACCAGAAGGAGCAGAAGACUCCAGUGUCGUCACCGACAGUGGGUCAGCUGGUGGCUGUCCGAGUGGAGGAGGAGGAGGAGGAGGUCCUGAGGGCACGCGUGUGUGAGGUCAUGCCGGACAAGCUGCAGGUCUACUACCUUGAUCAUGGGUUCUCAGAGACUGUCCACUGUAAUAAAGUCUUCCAACUGCACGAAGACUUCCUCAAGUUGCCAUUCCAGGCGACCAAGUGCUCCCUGGCAGGCUUGGAGCCGUUCUGUCAGGAUGCUGACGUCCUGAAGAAGUUUGAAACAAUGGCGAGUGGGCGGAUCCUUCUGGCUGAGAUCUUACAGAGGGGACACACGCCCCUCGCUGUGCUGUAUGACACGUCUCAGGAUGAUGAUGUCAACAUCAAUGCUGCCUGUAUGAAGGCACUGCAUGACAAGGCUCUGGCCAGUCCAAUACAGGGCAACAGCGUCUACACCAACGUGAUGGUCAGCAGCGUGUCUUCUGACGGAACCGUCUGCUGUGUGCUGCCCUCUAGAGGACUCUCCAAACUGAACCAGAUUCUGGAAAAGAUAGAAACCUACUUCCUGUCACAGGUGACAUCAGAGCUCCUGGUGUCGAGGCCGUUCUGUGGGAAAACCUGUCUGGCUCGGCUGAAAGGAAAAUGGUCCCGUGUGGAGAUCACAAAUCUGCACGGCAGCCGAGUGCUGGACCUUCUCUUCAUCGACGUGGGUGUUCAGGCCUCGGUGGAGGUGAUCGAGCUCAGAGAGAUCCCACAUCUUUUCCUGCGGGACCUGAUGGCCAUCCCGCCGCAGGCGGUCAAGUGUUGUCUGGAGGACGUGACGGUCGGCGUAGGAUCCUGGACGCCUGAGUCUGUCCAGUGGCUCCGAGAGAAGGUUCUCCACACCUCUGACUGCAGCUUGAAGGUGUCCAGAGUGGACGAAAACAAGAACUGCAUCUAUGUUCAUUUGUUCCCCGACAAGAACUUCCACGACCCGGCCCGGAGCCUUAACCACCAACUGGCUCAGUCCGACCUGUUCAAGCAGCGCCCGGACGUUUUCCUCACCAGCCACAGCCCAGUGAAGGCCUCAGCCUUGACUCCGGCCUCUCCGCUCAGCAGUCCUUCACCAGGGUCUGCUCCGGUGAAGCCCCUUCUCAGAAAGGCCAUGUCUGGCCCCAAAGCGGGAGGUGAAGGGGUCACAAGCAUCGACGGGUCAAGAGCUCCUCACGCCUCUGCUCCCCUCAUUGUGCCCCCGCUUCUGGAGCUGCCCCCUGCUGGCAGUAACAUGGACGUGUACGUGUCAGUUGUCUGUCACCCCGGCCAUUUUGUGCUGCAGCCCUGGAGAGACAUGUACAAGCUGGUGGUGCUGAUGGGAGAGAUGAUCCUCUACUACAACACGACGGAAGAGUCGUUGCUCAGCGCGGAGAAGAACCAGAUAUAUGCUGCUAAAGUCGAGAACAACUGGUACCGAGUUCUGGUGAAGGGGAUUCUCAGCAACGGUCUGGUGUCGGUGUACGAGCUGGACUACGGUAAACACGAGCUGGUGAGCUGCACGCAACUGCGGGUUCUGAUCAACGAGUUCAGGCAGCUGCCCUUCCAGGGGAUCACGGCACAGCUGGCUGGCGUGAGGGUGCAGCAGUGGUCCGAGGAGGCGUCCAUCGUCUUCAGGAACCAUGUGGAGAAGAAGCCCCUGGUGGCCCAGGUGGAGGCCGUGCAGGAGGCAGCGCAUGCCUGGGACAGGAAGCUGACAGUCUACCUGGUGGACACCUCCCAGGAGGAGCAGGACAUCUGGGUGCAUGACCUCAUGGCCGAGUUCUCCGACGAGAUGUAGACCAUGUGGCUCACAGGUUCCACGACUAGGAGUGAGUGCAGUGGAUGUGCCGAGUGAGUUUGCUCAACACUAAUACAGACAGUGUUCAGCUGUGUUGUGGGGUCGGGUGGGUGAGGCUGCGCAGCGCUGACCUCCAUGUUAGGAGUUAGUGAUGUCUGAGCAGGUCGUGCAGUGGCCGCUGUCAGGGGCAGUGAUGAUGAAUGAAGGUAAGAUGGAAGCCAAACUCAGAAUGUCAAGAAAUGUUAUGAGUCAGACACGGUUGAUAAACUAACUGAAUAACAGGUAACUACUGUCCAUCAGCUUCAGGUUUAGGUAAUGACCGGCUGCUCCAACCCUGAAACUCAAUGUGAAAAUUAUAAUUUACAUUUUAUUUAUUUUAUCGGAGGAAAGAAAGUGGUAGAAACAAAGUGCUUAGCUGCUAGCUUUUGCAAUCUGAUGAGUAUGGCCGACACAAGUGUGUUUGUUUGAGUUCUGUUUGACUCCAGGCGAUGACCUCUGUCCUCUGCUGCUUUGGAAUAAAGUUUAUUUAACAAACCAAACCCAAAUCUUGGUGGCCGAAGCACAACAACCUUAGUACAGUUUCUUUAUUAAAAUAGCAAAAUACAUUCUUUCACAGUCAACACGCAGACAGACGCCAUCAAGUGACUGAAAAGUCAACAUGCAGCUCUCGUAUCAUUUACAUUUUCUUCCUGGCAAUAGUCAGUGGACUGCAGCGGCACGGUGGUGCAGUGGAGUUGAGCGUCAGCGGAUAGAGAGCAUCAUCACAAAUUCUGAUGGGAACACAAAACACAUUGAGUUAGUUUGUGUCAAUGAAAAAAAAAAUAUUUACACUCGUUUUCUUUUAAUCUUGAAUCUCUUUUUUUUUAAUUUAACAAUUAAUUACAUUUUUGUCA